AAUAAAUGGCGGCCACAUUAUUUUUCACUGAGAGUACCCAGGCUCGUAAGUGGUAGUGAAGCCCAAAACCAGUAAAAAGUAAUUUUUUUUUGCUUACAUUAUUUUUCAUGGUUACAACUACACAUGUGUCAAUAAAACUCGAAUUUAUGCAGGCCUUGAACUCUGGAAUUCUGCAGGUGUCAAUCAGAUAAUGAUUCUUUACUACUAUUCUAAUCAUGUCAAUGGUUAUUAAUAAUUGGAAUCAACUUUGACCCAGACAAUUGCCGAGGAGUUUGAUCUGAACGUAAGGAAAUAGUCCAGGUGGUUAUGAUUGCUAAAAAAUAAUGACGGAAAAUGGAUAAACGAUGGUGGUGGUAGCUGGUGAAGGUAUUGGAGAUGUUGUCCAUGAUAUACCACUUUGUAAUGUGACAAAAGAUAGAGACUCGCAUAGAUCAGUACCUGAAUUAGAGGAUUGUAGUGAUCAAUGUAAAAUGAAGACACCGGAAAAGAAUCGUAAGACGAUAGUAGUUGUCGCUGGUGAAGCAAAAUUUCCGGCGCAAGUAGUAGACAAUGAUAAAAAACUGAUAGCUGAUUACUCGCUGCUACUGAUGGCGCCGAACUCGACAGUGAGCCAAGUGCGGCAAGCUGUAUCUAACUGUUGCAGCGACGCGCCCUCGAUUUAUGAGUUUGAUUUGUAUUUAACGCAAGGAGAGAAUGAAUUCGCGUUGGACGACAUGACGAAGACACUGGAUGACUACUGUGUGGUAUUCGAUUCGCCAAAGGUUGACGAGCAAAGCGGACAGUUGACUUUCAAACGACACGAAGAUAAUAAUGCUUAUGAGUACAACAGCGUCGAAGAUGUAUUCAUUGAAUUCAAACUGUUUCACGAGGCUGAGGAUAAAUUAUUGAACGUCAGUUUUCUUGUUAGCGAGCAAUCGACACUCGGAGAGUUGAUAACAAAUAUUAAAACACACGUUGACUUCAUCGCUGAUCAAGCGAAUCCAAGAUUUAUGCUAGAGUACGAUAAGGUUUCCAUGUUUUCAUUUCUUACAGAUCAUCACUGCAAGAACAUGAGUCACUUUGGCUUCGAUUUUAGCAAACCAUCAGCGAUAACACUCAAACUUUCGUUGUUUAUUUCUGAACAGAAUGAUCAGCCGUUGCUAAAACACAGAAGAAGAAGACACCGUGAAUCGUCUGAUAUAGGACGGGCUAUUGUUCGAAAAAUUGAAGCCGACCAAAAAAUUGAACCCAAGCGAAAUGUUGAACCCGAGCGCAAGUCAGACAUUACUUAUGUAGGUCUUGUUAACCAAGCGAUGACAUGUUAUCUGAAUAGUCUUCUCCAAGCUCUUUAUAUGACACCAGAGUUCCGCAACGCUUUGUACAACUGGGAGUACGUCGAAGGCUCGGAGAAAGACGAAGCAAAUAGUAUUCCUUAUCAGCUACAAAAAUUAUUCUUGAAUCUCCAGACAUCGCAGAAGAACGCCGUGGAGACAACCUCGCUGACUAAAAGCUUCGGGUGGGACUCGACGGAGGCAUGGCAGCAGCACGACAUCCAGGAGCUAUGUCGCGUCAUGUUCGACGCACUGGAACAAAAGUUCAAAAAUACUGAGCAAGCUGAUCUGAUAAACAGAUUGUACGAGGGCAAGAUGAUUGACUACGUAAAGUGCCUCGAGUGUCAGAUGGAAAAGUCACGCGAGGAUACUUUCCUAGACAUUCCGCUGCCAGUGAGACCAUUUGGCAGCACUGUUGCUUACAACAGCGUCGAGGAAGCUCUCCAAGGUUUCGUCCAGCCGGAAACUCUCGAGGGUGUUAAUCAGUAUUUUUGUGAAACUUGUAACAAAAAAUGUGACGCUCACAAGGGACUUAAAUUUACAAAGUUUCCUUAUUUACUUACAUUACAUUUGAAGCGAUUUGAUUUCGACUACCAGACAUGCCACCGCAUUAAAUUAAAUGACAAGGUCACUUUUCCCGAUAUUCUCAAUUUAAAUGAAUUGAUACCUUCCGCAUCUGCCUCCUGCGCCGACAGCGAGGAUUCUCCAUUGUCUGAUGAUUUAGACGAGUGUCUGCCAUGUGAAAAUGGAUUCACAUCCGGAGAACCAACGCCUUCGAGCAGCGAACAGAAUGACGACGAAGGUAUCGACAUGAAUAAUCCAUCAACGUCUAGUAGCCACAGCCAAGAAAAUGAACGGAAUCGCAACAAUAAAAAUACCCGGGGCCCAUACCGGUACGAAUUAUUCUCGAUAAUGAUACACAGCGGAAGUGCUGGUGGCGGGCACUACUACGCGUACAUCAAGGACUUUAAGACUCACGAGUGGUUGUGUUUCAAUGAUCAAAACGUAUCUCCCAUAACUCAUGACGACAUACAGAAGACUUAUGGUGGCGGAUCUCGUGGGUACUACAGCGGUGCUUACAGCAGCAGUACAAACGCUUAUAUGCUCAUGUACCGUCAAAUAGAUACUGAGAGAAACGCAUUGCCUAUGCAAGUAAAUGAUUUUCCUGAACAUAUUAAGGAAGUCUUGAAGAAAAUGAAGGAACAGGAGGAAGAGCGUAGGAACCACGAGCAGUCUUUGAAUUGCCACAAAUUUAAAGUUUACUGUCAUCAUCCGAAAGAAAAAAAAUUGAUAAACACAAGGAUUUAUUUAUUUUCUGACGAAGAACGUCUGUCGCAUCUUACGGAGAACGCUUACAAACAAUUGAAUCUGAAGGACGUCGUUGACAUCAACCAGUGCCGCCUUGUCGCCUAUGAUCCAUCGAAUGACUUCAUUGAGUGCAGCUUCGAAGGCUCCGAGCACAAAAGCAUCGGCUCGAUAACGCAAUUGUCUGGAUUUUAUCCGUCAAUGUCAGCGCCUUCGUACAAUUUGCUCAUGGAGAUAAGAAAUAAGAAUGAUAAGUUUAAAGUAUAUCAUCCGGGUGAAAUAGUCACUAAAGUCUUCCUAGUUAACGUCGCUUCGCGUAGAAUUGUCGACGGACCUGUUAGUGUCCGCGUAAAAGCAUCCGCGUCGCUAAAUGAUUAUUGUAAAUUAGUUGCCGAGGCUUUUAAUCAAAAGCCGUUUCCGAUGUACGUCGUGCUCAUGAAAAUACUUUCAGACGUUGUUACUCUUUUGGAAAAUGAUUCUUACUCAAUUGAGUACAAAGGUUUUAGUCAUAAUUGCAAAGUAUUUGUGUCUUCACACUUGGACACUAAUCCAUUGAAGAAAUUCAACGAGUCAACGCUCAAAGCGAUGGUCGAUUCAUUUGCAAAUAUUAUUGUUUUGAAUAUCGAGCUGCCGGACAUGAGGAACGAAGUGUUGAAGGAAUUAAACAUACAGUUGCUGGAGCCAAAGCAGAAGGAUCCCAAGGAUGACAAAAUAACAGCCAAUGGUAUUGUCAAGCCGGUUGUUAACGGGGAUGCAGCUGUUGGUGCUGAUAAGCACGAUGCUGUGGAUGGAGAAGUCCAGAAGCCGAGCGAAGAUGAGUCUAGUGGGUGGACUACGCUUCAAAGUGAAGCUGAAGACUGGCAAGAACGGAGUAACUCUGAGGACAGCAGUCUCAGUGACAGUGAUAGAACUCUAGUUGGCGAUGCGUCGGAGGAUGACGAGCUGAUGAGCAAAGUUAUUCAUGACUUGUUUACGCCUACCAGAGAAAACUGGGCUGUUGAUGAUCAAGUAGAUUACUGCUUCAAAGUAAGAAGUAAGCCGGGUAAUCCUCCAGACCAGAUCCAACUGCUGGUUGAUCAGCGCAUCAGCAUGGAGUCAUUGAAGAAACACUUGGAGCAGUAUAUAAGAAUACCUACUGAGUGUUUCAAAGUUAUUCAGCAGCCCACUGAAACUGAGGACGUCAAAUACAUGCGUCGCAGAUCAACGCCACGUGGAUUCGAAGAAGGAGAGACGCUUACUAUCCAAUUGGGCCGGGCUUUGAAAGAAGGAGAGUUUAAAGUUAAGCUCUACUAUCUGUGGGUGGGAUACAUGGCUAGAGCUAUGGAGUACUACUCUGUGGGCGAGUGGAUUGUCUCCAGAGAAGCCACUGUCGCUCAGACUAAAAAAGAAAUAAUUGAGGAGCUGAAAGCAAACCACAACACUGACGUUUCGUUUGAGAGAUGUCGUCUGAGAAAAAAGUUCUCAAUGACUCCAUCGAAAGUCCUCUUCGAUCACCAGAAGUUCAAAGACAUCGAGCUCUUCAACCAGGAGCUGAUUGUCCAAGAGCUGCCGGACAAGGAAAUGGUCACUGACCCAAAUCAGAUUCUCGUCACCGUGUUCAAGUUUCCUGUACAGGAUUCUAUCGAGUCGUACGAAAUAACUCUCAGUAAUAAAACUUUUAGUGAACUGGCUGGAAAGGUCGCUGAGUUGACGGGUAUCAGUGCAGAAAAUUUGACGUUUUCUAAAACCGGAUGGGUAAUAUUUGGGAUUUACCAUACCCAUGAUAUGAGAUGGAUUAAACCAACUGAUGAGUCCUGGGAGUUGCCGACACUUGAAGAUGGUGCACUUAUUCAUUACAAAGAUAGUACUGAAGAAAAAAAUGAUUCGUCGAAUGAAGACGAUGAGAAUGCAGGUGUAUCGACUUUCAAAGUAUCAAGUGACAUGCGGAAGGAGUCGUGUGAAAAACGUAGAGCAAGAUGUCUGCCAAGUAAUACCGGGACAUACAAAAUGUGCUCCGGAGAGUCUAGUUACAGUAGUCCACGACGUGAACGUGCACUAAAAAUCUACUUUGAUAAUAAAUGAUCCUCUUAUUUGUGAGCAUAGCGUCUGCAGUUAAGCGAGUGCCUGUUUAAGCCAAGAGCGUCAGUAUAAAUCCACAAUAACGUUGGAUGGUCUCGGUAAUUUAAUUUAAUUAUGUUUAAUUAUUAUUAUAAUUUAAAAUAAUAUCAUGUAGAUUCGUCGCCCAUAUCCCACGAUUGUUAAAUUAUAAAAUCGUGGUAAUGACGUAUCGAGCGUUUUAAAUAUCCGGCCAUAUUGCUGUCAUAAAAAUUAAUUUUUAAAUCCAGAGCUUAAAUAAUUAUUUAAUUAACAAAAUAAAAGCUUUAUUUAAUGAUAAAUUUUAUAUAAAACAUUAUUGCAUUUAAAAAUCUCGCAAUUACUGAUGUUUAAAUAAAUAAAAAAUUUGAAAUCGAGCUUAUUAUUGCAAUAGCGAAGAUAAUUUUUAAAAAACAGCAAAGAAAAUAUUUAAAAUUAAUUUAAUUUAUUUUCAAAAAUCUAAAUCAACGAAGUUCACUAGUGUAAUUAAGGUGAACAUUUAAUUAAAAUUAACUUGCUCGAGUUUGAAAAGAUAAAGAAGGCCGUUGACGAUCUCUGUCUUAUUUUCUCUAUGUACCAUACGCUGUAGUUACAAAAGAAAAUUAUAUUUAUGAUAAAAGAAAAAAUAUAAAAAAAGGAUAAAUUAAUGAUAAUAAUAAUAAUAAAUAAAUAAAUGGAACUAGUGUGACUGUACUUGUUUAAGUGUUUUAAACAAUGCCAGAGUAAAUACCUUUGUAUCUUUUUUUUUACGCUGACCAAUGUACUAGUUUUUGUUUCCUCAUCAGAUUUCAUUGCGUACUUAUUUAUUUUCAUUUAUUUUAACGCAGCAAUCUGGUGGCUUGUGUAAAUAAUUAGUGUACUAUCAGUUUGUUAGAAAGUACUCGUAAUUAUUAUACUUUAUAUUUUUAUUUAUUUAGAGGAAAUUUUGAUAAUCGAUCAGUUUUUUUUUUAAGUUUCAAUUUUUCGAAACGCAUUGGAAAUAUUUAAUUGAGAUUGUUAUUAAUUAUCAUUAUUAUUAUUUUAAUUGGAAGUAAUAUGCGUAAUUAAUUAAAUUAAUCAAUUAGAUUUUACUAAUUUAAAAUAGUUGCACUUGUGCGAGUGUUGAUAUUUUAUUUAUAGAUGAAUUUUAAAGAAACAUUUAAAGAGACGCGAGAGUGCAAUCAGUUACUCAAUUAUAAUAAUUAUCAUUAAUAUUAUUAUUAUUAUUAUUAUUAUUAUUAUUAUUAUUAUUAUUAAAUUAAUUGUUAUUGAAGCCAUGGAGGUUUGAUUUAAUUUAAGAAAAAAAAAUUGAUUAAGGUGAGAAAUUAUAUAUUUUAUUUUAUGUACAGUUUUUCCUCACAAUGUUUUAAUUUAAAUGCAUAUUAUAUUUUCUAUAACAUAAAUUACAUUUAUUUGCCUCUUAAAUAUUAUCAUUUAUUUGAAUUGUUUGACAUUUUGAUAUUUAAUUUUUUUUUUCGUCUCAGUCAUUAAGUUUGAAAAUUUAAAUAAAUUUCCGUAAGAAAUAUGAGGAAAAAAAAACAUUGAGGCUUUGACUUUUUGUAAAAUAAAUGAUAAACUUGUCGGCAAACCUCGUGUGCUCGAAUCCCUUAUUUAUCAAUGACUAUUUUAAGUUUUAUUAAUUUAUAAAUUAAAAUAUUAUAAAAAAAAAAAAAAUAAAAAUAUUUGUUUAUUCUCA